AUGAAUGAAUAUUACUACACUUACUCUAAACUCCGCCAGGAGUAUGGGCGCUAUUGCUGCUUCAGCGUCACAGAACCCCGCACACUGGGGGUUAUCGAGCCUAAUCCCGAUCAGAUGCAGCAGCUAAUUCCUCAGAAUCCCCGAAAUUUCUGUGGAGACACAAUGAUAGAGCUCUCGGAACAUACAGUGAACACGGGAAGCGUCAGUGUAUGCGGGAGGGGGAUGAGGCAUGUAGAGGGGGGUUGGCCUAAGGAGGUUGACUCAACAGAUCCGCAAGAGGUUGCGAAGUGGAAAAAAAGGGCAGAAAGGGACCCAGCUUUCUUGCAAAGUGUCAAGCAGCUAACUGCUGACUGCACUCGCGUACUCCAGCAGAACCUCGUGGUUGAUCUAUUUCAGGAUUACUUCAAGGGGAUGGAGAUUUCCAGAGGGACUGAGCAACGUUUGUACGCCAAAUCUAUAGCACUUCUGAAGGACCACUCUGGGGAUUGUAAAAGGUCGGUAACAUGCAUAGCCUGGCAUCCCGAAGGUCCUCAGAAACUAGCCGUGGGCUAUGGCAUCAUGAAGUUCCAGGGCCAGCCAGAGUCCCUUCCUACCUGCGCACUGCUGUGGGACCCGCGUCACCCCAACGAGCCGGUAACGGAAUUGAGUUCUCCCAGUCCAGCGGUUUCUUUGGCCUUUAACACGAAAAUUUCAGAUAUGCUUAUUGGAGGUUGCUACAGCGGGGUUGUCUGUUUAUGGGAUUUGCGCAAGGGAACGAAACCAGUUGAAGUAUCGGGCUCUGGUACCAGCCACUACGAUCCUGUAUACGAGGUCGUGUGGACACAAAGCAAGACGAACAGCGAAUUUGUAUCGGCUUCCACCGAUGGGAGGGUCUUGUGGUGGGACUGUAGGAGCCUAAAAGAACCAAUAGAAGAGUGCCGGCUUACUCCGCCUUCGCAACCAAAUUCAGCAACUGCUACUGGAGCUUCUCAGGGUGCCAAUGGGGUGGAUGAGAGCGAAACAUGCGAACUUGUAGGGGCCAGGUCUUUAGCGUGGUCUCUAGAGGCAGGGCCAACGAAGUUUCUUCUCGGUACUGAACAGGGCACUCUGUUGAGCUUAAAGACAAGGCCUAAAAGGCCCCCAGAGAUCAGUCAGUGGUUCGGCUGCGACGGUGGGCAGCACCACGGACCGGUGAGCGCUGUCAGAAGGAACCCGUUUCACACUAAGUACUUUUUGUCGGUCGGUGAUUGGACUGCCAAGCUAUGGAUGGAAGAAGUGCGCACUCCGCUUGUAGUAACGCCCCACCACCCGGCGACCCUCACUGACGGCCAGUGGAGUCCUACACGUCCCGGAUUGUUUAUGGUCACCCGAAGCGAUGGUUUUCUGAGCUUCUGGGACUAUUACUACAAGCAGCACGAGGUUGCGUUCCAGCAUAAGGUCGGGACUUGUCCCCUGACCCGCCUUUCAGUUCAAGCUCAAGGCGAGCUCGUCGCCGUGGGAGAUGCUGAUGGGCGAGUGACAGUGCUUGGCCUGUGCGAAGCGCUACACGCAUGCGCCGCUAACGAAAAGGCAGUUGUCGGGUCAAUGUUUGAGCGCGAAGCAAGGCGUGAGAAAAACAUUGAAAUGACAAAACGGCAAGCAGAAGGUAAAAGGCAGGAUGAGAAGCCGCAAGCUCGUCCGCAAAGUGCGCUAGCUCAGGAAGCAGUUGAAUCUGCUCGGGCAGCAUUCUUCAAGGAAUUUCAGGGGGACCAGCCUCCGCCAACAGCCUAG